AUGAGAAUCGGUGGCCUCCCAUUUUUGUUGGUGGCCGUUUUCGCCUGUGUCUCUUCUGGCUUGGUCUUGGUAGAUUCGUCUCUGGCCUCUGCCUGUCUAUAUUAUGAAAAAAUGUUCGACUGGGGAUGCAAUACGCAUGGACAGAGCAAGAAAGCAUACAAAUGCCGGUGUUCCAACGUCAAUUGGCUAGGUACGAUCACCAACUGCAUAGCCAACAAUACUGACAGCAAACGGCUCAGGGACCAUGGUUUUAGACACAUUAUCGGAAGGUGUCAGUCUAAGGCCAAUCUUGACUACACUAUGGACGAGAUGUACGGUUACUGGAAAAACGGCACACAGUUUUUGAGAGACCCGACCAUGGCAGACAUGAACCACUCCGUGAACACCACAAUUAGGGUGGACCAGCCGGAAUUCGACUGGUACUACCGGAAAUUCAAAGACUACACUUUUUCCGUCCAGAGAAGUCAAUGGUUUGGAUGGGGUCUGGUGUUCUACUGGAGCGCCAUUAUCGUGGUGUGCACAGCGUUCAACUUGAACCAGAAAUUCCUGGGCCUCAAAUUGACCAACAAGUGGCUGUCCAGAUCCCUGGUGGUCCCGUCAUUUUUUCAAAAUACGCUUUUGAAGUAUCCUAAACUGCAGAAAUUGUUCCCUGGGCCGUAUGCAACCCGGCUGCAAGCCCUCGCGGUAAUCGUGUUCAUCGUUCAAGUUUUCAUCACCACAGGAGUCGGUUACGAGAUGAAGUUGCCGCAUCCAUAUCUCUCGUCCCGGUGGUUCAUGAAUCUCACCCUGGUGAGCUAUAGAACCGAUCUGAUGAGCAUGUCGUUGUUCCCACUGAUUUUUUUCUUUGGUAUUCGGAAUAAUCCAUUUAUCCCACUGACUGGAAUGUCCUAUGCGUCGUUCUCGUAUUUCCACAAGUGGUGUGCAUACGUUGCUACUGGUCUCGCUUUCAUUCAUUCCAUUAUUUGGACAGUGUGGUCCAUGCACGACGGCGGGUAUAAGAUGUGGGCAAUGGACUUGUACUGGCAGUACGGAGUGGCUGCGAUGACUCUAAUGGCCCUCCUCAUUUUCCACAGCACCAAACUCAUCAGAGACAUGGCCUACGAAAUAUUCCUUUUCUUCCACCAGUUCUUUAACAUUUUCUUUAUCAUUGCCAUGUACUACCACUGCAUCGACCUGGGUUGGAUGGGCUGGAUUUGGUCAAUGGCAGGUAUUUUGUGUUUUGACAGAGUGCUGAGGAUUGCCCGUAUAAUCUUGAGCGGUGGUUUACAGAAAUCUACUCUGACGGACUGUGGUAAUGGGAUUAUGAAACUGACACUCAAAAAGCCCAAGUUUUUGAAGUAUAAACCUGGCACGUUCGCCUUUAUUUAUUUUCUGAGCUGGAACGACCCUUGGUACUACCAAUGGCAGUCACACCCUUUCACCUUGUUAAGCACUUCGGUCAACAACAGCGACGAAAUUACAGUCAUAUUCAAAGCUCACAAGGGAAUUACUCAACAGCUGCUUUACAGACUGCUAAAAUCUGGAGAAGACUCCAUUCAAGUCAGAGUCAUGGUAGAGGGACCCUAUGGUGAUGUCCUUCCUCAAAAGGCCAAGGUUGAGAAGAAACUGGUUGGUAUCGCAGCGGGACUCGGUGUCACCGCUGUGUAUGCACAGUUGGCUCAUCUUUUAGAAGCUCAAGUGCCUGAACUGGGAUCCAAGAUGUAUUGGGCUGUAAAUGAUAUAGCCCAUGUCGCUUGGUUUCAAGACGAGAUAAAUUGGCUCCUGUCGAAAAACUGUGAGGUUACAAUCUUAUGUACGACGCGAAAGGACAUGGACGAGUCAAAACCAACGUCCCUAUGCUGCUCCGCUCGUGCUCUACUUCAAAAACUCAAAGUCCAAUCUUUGUACGGCAGACCUGACUUGGCAGUUCUGGUUGCAAGUGAAAUCCGUGAGUCAUCGGAGCAGUCGAGAGAUUUAGCAUUCAUCAGUUGUGGACCUACUGCCUUCAACGUUGACUUCCGUGCCUCGGUUUCUGCAUGCCUCGAUAAGAAGCAAAGCAUAGAUGUGACAUAUUUGGAAGAGAGUUUCGCAUGGUGA